CAACCCUCUGUUUCUUAUAUCUCGAAAAUCUUUCUCAUAUUCUUGUGCAGAGAGCCCUCUUCUUCAGUCCUUCUUUCACAACCAGACAUACUCUUCCUUUCUCUCUAUAAAUACCAUCUCUCUCUCUCUCUCUCUCUCCUCUCUCCUCGCUAUCUUUCUCUCUCUACCUCUGUUUUGUCACUCUGCUGUGAGUACAAAUAGCUAUAACGUCUGUACUGGUGAUUACUGGUGGGAGAAACGUGAACAAGCACAGAGAGCAAGAGAGAGAGACAACAGACAAGGGAGUUUCAAAAAGAUUUUCUCUCUUUUUUUUUUUUUUUUAAAUUUUUUCCUUUUUCAAAAAACAAAAUUAAUAUAAAGGAAGAGAGCAGUGAGAGUAGUGAAGGCGUUUUUCUUGUUUUACUUGGGGGUGUCUUUCUUUCUCUCUCUCUCUCUCUCUGUGGAUAUAAACACACAAUGUCGGCUUACAAAGAUGAAGAUCCUCGAAUCCAUGGCAUCAAAACUAAGAUUCGUGUCGUCCCAAAUUUCCCUAAACCUGGUAUUAUGUUUCAAGACAUAACAACUUUACUACUUGACCCAAAAGCCUUUAAGGACACAAUUGAUUUAUUUGUUGAGAGAUACAAAGGCAAAAACAUAUCUGUGGUUGCAGGAAUAGAAGCUCGGGGUUUCAUUUUUGGUCCUCCCAUUGCAUUGGCAAUUGGAGCAAAGUUUGUUCCACUGAGGAAACCAAGGAAGUUGCCUGGUGAUGUCAUCUUUGAAGAGUAUACUUUGGAAUAUGGAAGGGAUCGUCUUGAGAUGCAUGUUGGAGCGGUUAAACCUGGCGAACAUGCUUUGGUAGUUGAUGAUCUAAUUGCCACCGGAGGCACACUUUGUGCUGCAAUGAAUUUAUUGGAACGCGUUGGAGCUGAAGUUGUGGAAUGUGCAUGUGUUAUCGAGUUGCCGGAUUUACAGGGUCGGGAGAGAUUGCAUGGGAAACCACUGUAUGUGCUGGUGGAAUCCCACUAAAAACACCUCCUGGAGUAUUAGCUAAACCAAAACAAAAGAAGCUUCACCUGUAAUGCUGCAAAGCAUAACGAAAGAUGUACAUUUAGAGGCAACAUUAUUGGAUGCUACUACAGCUACUUCUUCACUUCUUCUGGGAUCUAUCUGAUUGUAUUCGCCCUCUGGUUUACUGAGUUGAGUUUCUUAUUUGACUAUUACUGAAUUUCGUUUUAUGUGAAAGAAAAGAAAAGAAAAGAAAAAAUUGAAAAAACAAGUCAUGGGAAAGGGGGUUGGAUUUUGUGUAGGACUAUUUUUUUUUUCUCUAAAAGAAUUUUUUUCAAGACAAUGAAAUCUGAUGAUGGUGCAGCCAUCUUAUCUUGA